AUGAAGGCGUUGAUCCUGGUGGGCGGGUACGGGACACGUCUCCGGCCGCUGACUUUGACGCAGCCCAAGCCGUUGGUCGAGUUCGCCAACAAGCCGAUGAUGCUCCAUCAGAUGGAGGCCUUGGCUGCUGUCGGCGUCGACACCGUCGUUUUGGCUGUUAGGUAGGAAUUGGCCUGGUUUCGGUCAUAUUUGUUGGUUUUCAGAAUAGUUGGAAAGCUUUAGAAUUAGCUAAAAAAAAAAAGAAACUUACCAAAAAUAAUGCAAAAAGCUUCUGAGAUCCUUGUUAGUAGCUUCAGAAAUUUAGUUUUGAAUCCCUCGGAACAUUUUUAGGGGUUUUCAAAGUCUUGCUAUUAAAGGAACACAGGUAAAACUAACAAGUUCCUUUCGAACCUUAAGAGAAGCUGAAAAAUGGAAAAUGUAUUUUGUAAAUCUCCUGGAAUAUUUUUAGUUGCUUUCUUGUAUCUUUUUAUUAAAAGAAUGUGAAAAAGUGUAUCAUAAUGAUUACUCGGAACCCUUAGAAGUUCCUUUUUUGAAAGAACCUUUUGAGAAACUUUUCUUUUUUGGCCGAGAAGUAUUUUUCGACAAAAAUGUUUUUUUUUUCGCCUGGAAAUGUCUGAUAAUUGCAAAACGGCUAUAUUAAUCACUCACACGGACAAGCAAAAAAAAAUUCGAAAUGAAAGCGUUUUGAAGGGUUCCCUGAAGGGAUUUUCAGUUUUCUCUAGUGAUCACUUGAGCGGUUAUAACAAACCACGAUGAACUCGAUCAGAUGAUUUGUUGGAUAUCGGUUUUUAAUAUUUGCUCGAAGCGGGGAUCUCUGAUUUGAAAUUUCUGCUUGGGAAAUUUCUGUUCCCAGGCAUUAGUGGGGAACGCGCCGGGAUUGUGGCUCUUAUUUUUGCCUUAGAGUGAAAAAAACCCUUCAAAAAAAUGCGUUAUCAUAACAUUUAUCAGUAUCCUGGCCCAGUUUUGAAGCUUUUUGCGCAAGUUUAUGAAUGAAAAAUUGGUAUCGUUGAGUUUUAUGCGGUAAGUUUGUUAAUAACCGAAGCUUUUUGAGGAGAAAUAAGCAUUAAAGUAGAAAAAGACAGAAUUUAUUGGAUUAUAUGAACAAAAAAGGCGGAAAAAUGAGAAAAGACAGCGCCGCUAGUUUCGUUUUUCAUUGAAAAAUUUGAAUAUCUUCAAUCCAAAUAACGAAAAUUUCCAAUUUCCCCAUUCCAGUUACCGGGCCGAGCAACUGGAACAGGAGAUGGCGGUCCACGCGAGCCGAUUAGGCGUCAAAUUGAUCUUUUCCCUGGAAGAGGAGCCCCUGGGUACCGCUGGACCCUUGGCUUUAGCCAGGUUUGCUGUUUCAAUCCUUCUCCUUAAUUUCUCACUCAUUUUUUAGCUUUGUUUCGCACCUUCUUCAAUCCCCACAUGAUACUUAUAAAUCAUUUUUUUCUUCCAAAAUAAUUCUCGAUUUGAAAAAGAUUUUUUUGAGUAACACACAUUAGCGUUUCAGUUAGAGUUUUUAAAGUGCUAUUUCGUUUUGAUUUUUUUAAUGACUUCUCCAAACAAGAUUUGAAAAAUUUCAAAUAUCCAUUUUAUACUGGGUACAAAAAAAGCCGCAAGUUUUUCUUUUUAUAUUAAUAUUUCAACGAUCUUUUUCAAGACCUUUUUUUGUUUUUUUGAUGAAUUUUUCAUUGAAAGAGCACAGAUAGGUUUUUUUGCCCCGAUUUUUUUACUUCAAACUUGAAAAAAAUACCCCUCGAAGUCCCCUAUUUCUAUUUUUUUACAGGAAAAAAAUCCUUUAAGAAGCCUAGAUUUCAAAUUUUCACUGAGAAAAAAAGUCCUUUAAUAGCCCUGAUUUUUUUACUUAUUACGAAAAAAAGCCCUUCAAAUGUCCCAAUUUUUAUUUUUAUUGAGACAAGCUUUUUCAGAAGUCUCGAUUUUUGAUUUUAUCAAGAAAAAAGUAUUUCAAAAGCUUAGAUUUUCACUUUUUACUAUGAAAAAGUUCCUUGGAUUUUCACUUUUAUUGAAAAAUAGUGCCAAAGUGGUUCAAUGAAUCUCGAAAGAGCCGUCAGAGAAAGGUAAGGAUAACUAAAUUUUGGAGAGUCGGAGAUAAUUUUGCAUUCCGCGGAAUUUACUCUGAACUCGGCAUAAGUUCUUCAAAACCCCUUGAUUUCCUUUUUUCUGAAUUACUUUGAAGCUCAAAAUCAAGUUUUAGAGUAUUUUCUCAUUCUCCUCGUUUCAGACAACACCUGGAAGGUGAUGAGCCAUUUUUCGUUCUCAACAGUGACGUCAUCUGCGAGUUUCCCUUCCAACACAUGAUCGACUUCCACAAGAAACACGGUCGUGAGGGAACUAUCGCCGUCACGAGGGUUCUUAUCCGUCUUUCCUGUUUCAUUUUCGAUUUUUUAAAUCUUUGCCCGAAAACUUAAAGUUGAUCUAAGGGUGUUCGCGUCACGAAAAAAAAAUGUUUCAAAAUGGAGCUGCAAAUAUAAAAAAAUAUAACAAGUGAUCUCUGUUUCUAGGCGGGAAUUUUAUUUGGAAUUUUAAAAUAUUUGUAAUUAUAUGGCUUUUUGCUGUUAGCAAAAAUUUUGAAUUUCUUGUGAAAUUUGGUUUUUUCGGAGUUUGAUGUGUGAGUGAUAUUAAAAAAAUAAUAAUUUCUUCAUUUUUUUCUAAUUUUUUUAACGAAAAUAGUUACAACUUAUUUUUUUCCGUGGAGCAACUUUGCUCAAAAAAACGCUUUUUAGGGAAUCGAAUUUUUUUAACAAAAAUAUCGGAUUUAUUUAAAAAAAUACUAUUUUUUUGCUCCCCAUAAACGUUCAAGGAUCCUAAUUUCCCCAUGUUUUUCUUUAAAAAAAUAUUUUCUUAAAAUAAUUUUUCUUCAAAAUCAAGAAUUUUUGUACAUUUUCAAGUAUACCGCUUGACUCGAAAUUAAGAACAUAAAAAAAUAUUGAAAUUAUCUGAAAACUCCCUUUUUUUACUGCUUAUAUAUCAUUAAGGACCUAAUUUUUUUACAUAUUUUUUUCUUUGAAAAAAAUUUUCUGAAGUUAAAAAAUCGGAUUUUCCAGGUAGAAGAACCUUCAAAGUACGGCGUGGUCGUCUUUGACGAGAAUUCCGGGCAAAUUGCCAAUUUUGUUGAAAAACCUCAGGUUUGAAUCUUUUUUUUUGUUAAAAAAAUUUCCAGAAUAUUCAUUUUUUUUAGGAAUACGUUGGCAAUAAAAUCAACGCCGGUUUGUACGUUUUUUUAGCCCGGAAAUCCUGGACCGAAUCCCGUUGAGACCAACGAGUAUCGAAAAAGAGGUUGAUUCAAUCCAGAAAUAAAUCCUGAAUGAUUGGAUCUUUAAGAUCUUCCCCGAAAUGGCUGAAACGGGAAACUUGUACGCGUUCGUCUUGUCGGGCUUCUGGAUGGACGUCGGACAACCCAAGGAUUUCUUGAAAGGUGGAAUUUUGAGAAAAAUGUUUUUUAUUGGUUAUGCAAUCUUCAUUUUAAUUGAAUAUAUUCAGAUUUUCCGAAUUUCUUCAUUUCGAUAUUUUUCCAAGGUUUUAGAUACUUUUUCAGCCAAAAAAAUUAGGCUUUGAAAUGAGAAUAAAUCGAUUUUUUUCAAUUUCUUUGUUAUCCAAGGUUUCAGUGUACUUUCCAGUCAAAUAUUAGGUUUUUUUCUGUUAUUAUUAUUCUGAAUGAGAUUAAAAGUUAUUUCUAGGUGGUAUAAAAAAAACCUAAGCUCUUGAGGUUUGGAAAAAGUCUUGAUAUUAUUAAAAUUAUAUAAGAAAUUAUUAGAUUGAUAAAAGGUCAAAAAAAUAUGUGCGAUGAUUAAAAUUUUUAACUGGCAGAUGCGAAAAAAAGGAAAGUUAUACGUGUUAUUUAAAGAAUAAAUUCGUCUUUUUUUCAUUUAUUCGAAGAAAUAAGUUAAGUUUCAAAAAUUAAAACGAAUAGUAUGAGAUCCUCAGAACAUGGACAAUAUUUGGUAUACCUUCUAGGGAAGAAGAAAAAAAUGCAGAUUUAUUCGAUUUUUUUAAAAAAAUAAAUUUUUCAGUGUUUUUUUAAAUGAUAAUUAUGUUAUUUUUUUACUUGGUUUUUUUAAAGUGGACUCUCACGGUUAGCGUAAAUUCAAAAAAAGUUAUGAGCUGAUUCUUAUUUUUUUAUUCUUCCUAUUCUUGAUACUGUUCAUGUUGGAAUUUCCUCGAACCUUCUCGUACAGAGUCGAAAUGGUGGAUAAUGGCCGCUAAAAGGGAGAGGCUCAAAAAAGUCCGCAAAGAGGCAGCAGAAAAGCAGAAAAAAGGUCCCUUUAUCGAGCCUUCUAUUUUUCUGGGAUUUUAAAGGCUCAAGAAAGGGAGAGGCAGCAAAAAUGGUGCAAAAAAGCCGAUAAAAUGGGGCAAAACGGCAACAAAAAAGGAACAUUUCUAUGAAGAAUUUUUCCAGCCGUUCCGACUUUGCUUAUGUUUCUUAACUUUUCGGCAUAGAGAGAAUUUUGUUAAUUUUUUGCUGAUUCAUAAGCCUCAAGAUGUCUUUUUCCACGUUUCUAAACGAGAAUCAUUCAAAAAAUAUGCAGGAUCCUCACUGUUCCUGACGCACAUGCGGCAAACGGCGCCGGAAGAACUUGCCCGUGGAGCGCAGUUCCACGGGAACGUGCUCGUCGACCCCUCGGCGACCAUCGGAUCGGACUGCGUCAUCGGCCCGAACGUGGUCGUCGGGCCGCGUGUCCGCAUCGAGAAUGGCUCCUGCAUCCGCCAGACGACGAUCCUCUCCGGCUCCGUCGUCAAGAGCCAUUCCUGCAUCUCCGAGAGCAUCAUCGGCCGCAAAUGCACCAUCGGAAGUUGGGUCCGCAUGGAGAACAACUGCGUCAUGGGCGAGGACGUCGUGAGUUCCUUUUCUAGUGAAACCGUCAGAGAGUGAAAAAGAUAACUAAAUUUUGGAGAGUCAGAGAUAAUUUUGAGUUUCGUGGGAAUGAGGAAAUCGAUCUUCAUCAAAAAUUAGUCAAAAAAGAAAAUUUUUUUGACAUUUAUGGCAAUUUUCAGCAUAGAAUAGGAAACAUUGUGAUUAAUGACUAUAUCUCUUUUUAAUAAAUGGGAAAAAUUUUUUUAAAUUCUUAAAUUAUUGUACUUCAAAGAUUUUUCAGCAUAUAUUCAGAUACACCGGAAAAAAAUUAAUUUAUGAAAGUUUUAUCGGAUGUCAGAGAAUCCAGAAAAAUCGGCAAAAGGGAAAAAUUGUAGAUAAAAAAUGAGGGCCAACAUUUAUUUUCCUUUUUUUCUUCUAAAUUGCAAGAAAAUGCUUAAGAAAAAGGUUCUUUUUACAAUCCUUCAUUUUUUUGCUUGAAAUUUAAUUUAUAUUAUAAAGGCUCAAAGAAGGUAUAGGCAGCAAAAAUGAAAAAAUGGCGCUAAAACGCAGCUUGAACGAUUUUUUUUUCUUCGGGUCAUUUUGGAGAAAAUCUGAGCGCCUAUGGUCACAGCGUUCUAAAGCGGGGUUCCCGCCCCUUUUCUGAAAAGCAUGCGGACGUUGCAUGAGUGGGCGUGGCUAACAAUCGUCUUUUUCGCGUCGUAAUUAGGAGUCCAGAUUUUUUGAUUAUUUGAAGGCUAGCAUUUUUCUUCCGGACAUUUAUAGUUUCCAAGUGUUGCUAGUCAUUUCCUAUAACUCUCUUAAAAUUUCGCAGUUUAUUUUCUUGUGGUUUGAUUGGUUCAAAGGACUACAUAAUUGUUCUGUUCACGAAAGUCGAAAUUUUUUUAACUCAGGUUUGAUUUUUGUAUUCUUUUUCUGUUUAAGUAAUUGAAAACUGAUAAUGUGAUCGAUUCCUGGAGUUGAAAUUUCGAUUUUUCGGUUUUUGUCUCUUAGGUACAGACCAAUUACACCUUUUUUUGAAUUUUUUUCGUCAAGUCGAAAUUUUUUUCUCUUUUGCGCGGACACUGACAGCUUUUUCUUGUUUAUUAGUUGAAAACUAAUAUUUUGAUCGAUUCUUGGAGUUGGAAUUUCGAUUUUUCGGUCUUGUCUCUUGGAUACAGUAUUUUCUUUUAUAAACAACGUUUCGGCACAUAACCGAGCUAUGGACACUUCAAAAACUUUCUAAAACGUUUAAAAACAUUAAUUAAAAUUUUACGUGCAUAGAAACAAAAAAAAGAUUUUAAAAAACAAUCGAAAAAAGUUAAAAGCAUGUAAAUUAAAGAAAAAAAAGCACCUUGAUUUUGAUUGACAAUGCUCCAAGUUACGCGCUCCAUUGAGAAUAGUUUGCGCCUCUUUCUGCGUGAACCCCGUUUUAGAACGCUGUGUGGUGUAAAUCAAGGGAAUUUUGCGCAGAAAUUUGAUGCUCAAUUUGUGUUUUAUUCAUAAUUUCUAGUGUAGAUUGAACAGGAAGCUCAAAAAAAAAAUGUUUAUAAAAAGCCCUCCCUUCGCCCUCGGCUGGGAAGGCUUCAAAAUUAUUUCAACUUGAAAUAUUUUGUAUAGCUGAUUCACGGCUAACUUGAGUUAUCGAAAAAGGGUCCUGGCACGAGAUAGUUCCUGGCUCGCGGAGAGCGCAGACAAGCCACGCCCCCUUAGCGUCCCAAGCUAAACGUGAACCAGCUAUAACCUUUUCAGAUUUUGUAUGUCAAGUAGAAUGACGUCAUCAAAAAGGCUCUAUGGUUGGCUCACUCUCUCAUUGGUUUACCUCGCCAUUAGGGGCGGAGCUUGAGACACGGCUUGAUAUUCAAAAUCUGAACAGACUAUAAAAAAACAAAAAUUCAAGAAAAAAAUAAAUCCAAGAAAUUUCCAUAUUUCACAGUUUCCACCAUUUUAUUUGAACUUCCUUCUCAAUUUCUUGAAUGAUUAUUGAUUUCAUUCUGCAGGUGGUCCAAGACGAGCUCUACCUGAACGGCGCCAGUGUCUUGCCCCACAAAUCCAUCUCCGUCAACGUUCCAGAAUCCAAAAAUUAUCAUGUAAUCUGUAAUUAAUUAGAGAUUUGUAGAUAGUAACCUCUUUAAUUAAUUAAUAAUUAUUUUUCUAAUUGCCUUUCAGAUUCAGUUAUAAGUUAUUGCAUUGUUGUUGCCAAAGCGGAUCGAUUGUGAUAUCUCAUCGGCGGGGGUUUUUCUUAUCACUUGAGUUAUCACUAACCUUUCUUCCAUUUUUAUUUCUCUGGGGCUAUUUUUUUUUUCCUUUUUCUCCGUCAAUUUUAUUCAGGUGGGUUUUUUUUUGUCAGCUUCGCCAUUUGAUGUGAUUUGAUGAUAUUCUCAUGGGAUAUGCAAUAGAUAUUAUUCUUUCAGUUUUUAAUUGAUGAGAUACUUGUCCUCGAUUGUGAUCCUUUUUUUCCCUCAAAGUUCUGCCUUUUUUUGAUUUUUUUGCUCUGGUAAAUAUUUGAUCAUCUUGAGGGGAUUUCGCAAGAUUUCGGUUGGAUCCAAAUAUAUAAGAAAAAAAGAGAAAGAAUGGUUUUUUUGAAGUCGGAUUGAUGGAAUAAUUGGAAAAGGGUGGGCCGAUGAGCUCGUCGGUGGGUUCGGCGUCGGCGGAAGACGUCGAGGAUUGGCUCGACAUCGGCGACACCGGAUCCCUGCCCUCCUUGUCACUAGACGACGUCCUCAACGAGGUUUGAAAUCUGAAAAAAACACCGAGAUUUUUCUAAUUUUUUUCAAUGUUUGGAAAAAAAUGCAGCUUUCGUGUUUCAAGUCAUUUAUAAAAUUUACAAAUUCAAAGAUUUUCAAUCAAGCUCUAUUGCGAUGGGGAAAUGUAGCUUUUCAAAUUUAUUUUUUUGAUCUAUUUUUUUCUUGAUUUUUUUGUGAUCUUGACGAGAAUGAUUCUUUUCAUUCAAAAUUUCUUCCAUGGAAAAAAAUCGGUUAUCUUCAAAAUAUGGAUCGCGCAAACUUUCGAACCCGUAAAAGGUCAGGUAAGCACAUGGAAUUUUCAGAAACUUCGAUUUCCGCGAAAAUCGAAAAAUUUCUCCGUCUUUAUAUAUCAAAUCGUUAUAUUUAUCUUAUUAUCUAAAUAUGAAUCAUAAAAUUCUCGAAUUUUAGUUGAUUCGUUCGAAAUUUUCCAGUUUUUUUCUUUUCAAACUGCUUAAGUGACUUUUUUUACUUUUUUUCUUCCAAGUUGAAUGAAAAUUAUUCGAAUAACUGGCUUCAAAAUAAAUUUUUUAAAAAAAUUUAUCUUUACAAUUAUCUUCUCAAUAACCCAGUUUUGUUCGUUUUGAAGCCAUUUUUUAAUUUGUUAUGAGACUUUUUUUCAUCCAGGCUGUAAAACUUUAAAUUUAAUUGAUGAAUCGAUUUUAAACAGAACGAAUCUCGGGUGUUUAGAAAAAAUAGUCUCAACAUUUUACACUCGAAACUUUACAAUCAUCAUUCUCAAUGACCAGGUUUUCUUCCUUUUGAGCUCAUUUUUUUUGAUUUUUACGAUAAGUUCUCGUCCAGGUUGUCCACCUCAAAAUUUAAACUAAUAACUGGCUUCAAAAUGAAACGAUUGAAAUUUGGUUGUUAUAGAAAAAUUAAUUAUAAAGUUCUGGGCCUUUUUUUGGAUCAUUUUGAAGCAGAUCAUUCGAUCAGUCUCGUAACAAUCGAAUAAUUGGGUUCGAAAUGAACAAAACUGACCAAUUAUUUGGAAAAAUGAGAGUAAGGUGCAGAAAGUUAAACUUCAAACUUCAAAUUUAUCUUUCUCAAUAAAAAAAAACUGUUUAUUGCAUCUUCAAUGUAAGAAUACAUGUGCAAUCGACUUUCAUUGAUUUAACUGUGUUUUAAGGGCGGCAGGAGCUGUGGCUUAGACAGAAAAAUUGUGAAUUUCGCAACGUCAGGUACACGAGAGGUCGUAGGAAGAAUUGCGGUGCCGGCUUUCCAAAGGCCGAUGGCAGAGAUUGAGCCUUUUCGCUGCAUGCAGCUCCCAAUUUUAUCUACCCCGGAGGGAUGAAAGGCUUGGUCGACCUCGGGGGGACUCGAACCUACGACCUUGCGGGCGUUAGAAAUGAGUUUUACCAGCUGAGCUAUGCCGCCCCUUUCUCAAUAAUCAUUUUUAAUUCAGUUAAAUAAUUAAAUUUGAUUUCAAGGUGGACAACCUGGACGAAGGCGUCUCGUUGAUCGACGACGGCGGCGACGAUUCUUCGCUCUCGCUUCUCUGCGUCUCCACGACGCCCACCUCUCCCACCACCUAUCAGUUGGAUUCCGUAGUCGUUGUGAAUAGGAAUCGUGCGUUUCCGAAAAAUCUUGAAUUUUAUACUUUUCUUCAGAAUCCAUAUCACACCAGCUUCAAUCAGCCAAAGCGAAAUCUGGAACGGCGCUCGCCUUGGCCGAAAAUGCGGGAAAAAUCGCGGUUGUUACCAGUAAAGGCCACGCUUUGCUCUUCGAUCAGGAUGUUGGUUUGGUGGUUUUUGAAGAAUUUUUUUGAAAGGAAAAAGAAAAAUCCCGCUUUUCAACUGUAGUCAGCUCAUACUGCCUUGACCAAAAAUACGGAAUCCUUGAAAAGCUUGAAAAAAAAACUGAAAGCUUCGAGAAUUUAUGCCGUGUCCGAUUCCGCAAAAUCCAAAAUAGCCGUCAGAGAAAGCAAAAGAUAACGAAAUUUUUGGAGAGUCAGAUAUAGAUCUUUCGCGCAAAAAUUACUUCGACCACGACUAAAUUUUUUGAACACCUGAAAAUAAAUUUUUGAAACGGCCUCUUUUUGAGACUUCAAGCUUUUUCUUCUGAAUCGAAAUCCUAUGCGAGAAAAUUUUCAAUCAAGCUCUUCAUUUUGAAAGAAAAAAAGCAAAAUUAAUGAAAAAAAUUUUCAAAAAGAAAACAACCUUAAAAAAAUUUACAUUCGAUCAAAAUUUUUUGUGAUUACUCACUUCAUUAAUGAAGUUUUCUUUUUAAAAAAAGCUGUGAAAAUAGUUUCCAGCGCAGCUCCAUAAUAAUAACAUUAUUAAAAAAAACCACACAAAAAUGUCAUUCAAAUUGAACUUUCAGAGAACUUUUAAGACAAUCAUGUUUCGAAUAAUGAAAAAAAUGUCGGAGCUCUUCGAAAUAUUUCUCUAAUUAUUUUUUUGAUUCUUUCUUUUAAGUGUUUAUUAAGAACCGAUCUUUCUUCCAUUUUUGAAGAAUUCAAUGAAAAUAUCAAAUAGAAACUUCGCUUUUUUUAUAGAAAAUUUGUUCAGUUUUUUUGUUCUACCAGAGAAAAAAAUGAGGAUAAAAAAAUUUUUUUAAAAAAGCCUAUUUUUCCUUUUUUUAUAAAGUUUUUUUAAUUUUUCUUAAAUUUUUGGCCUGUUCAGAAAGAUCAUAAUGGGAACAAAGUUAAAAUUUAAAAAAACAAAAUUUAGGGAAAACUCGACCGGUUUUUCAACGGAGAAGAAUGGAUGGGAUCCGCCUCUUGUGUCACUUUUUCUCCAGACGGCAGAUUUAUAGCGAUUGGUUUCAGUAAAGGUGUUGUGAAGGUAAACAUUAUAUUAAAAAUCCACAUUUUUUUCAAAAAUUUUUUUCAUCACUUACAAAAAAAUUUGAAUGAAAUCUCCAGAUUUUUGAACGCGAAAUCCGGAUCCGUGCAUCAAGUGGAGAAGGAAGCCGUCCAGCCUGGCCUCGGCGUCUUGCAAAUCCAAUAUUUGAGGUUUUUGACGCAGUUCCGAAGCAAAUUUCCAAGAUUUUUCCAGUUCGAGCUCGAUUUUGACGUUGGACAGUGGUGGAUCCGUGUAUGAAAUUCGGUUUUCUGCGAGAAUUAUCGGCGGAAAAGAUAGCAGGGUUCGUUUGGAAUGAAAUUAAGAAAUUUUAGAGUUUAUUUCAAGAAAAAAAAAAGGAGUUUCAAGCUUUAAAAUGAUGGAAAAAUCCUUGAAACGAGUCUGCGGCUUGAAAAAGGCCUUAAACUGUAUUUUGAAACGGGAAUCCUAUGUUUUCCGAAUUUGAAUGUCAAGUUCAAAAUGACGUCAUUCAAAUCUUUGGUUGGUUCGCUCUCUGAUUGGUUUAUCGCGUCAUUAGGGGCGGAGCUUGAAAAUUUGAAAAUCUGAACAGACUAUAAGCCGCGUAAAAAGUUAAGAAUUAUCUCUGACUCUCCAAAAAUUAGUUAUCUUUUUCUUUUCUCUAACUGCUAUUUUGCAUUUCGAGGAAUCAUUUUGGGAUAGAAAUUAUGAGCAGGAAUUUUUCGUAAUUUUUAUCUCAAGUUUUUUUAAAGUUCAUUUUCGAUCUUUUUCAAACUUUUUUAAUGGAUUCAUCUGUAAAUUUUUUUUUAAAUAUAUUUUUUUGUUUUUUUCAAUAUUUUCUCUAUGAUGACUGAGUAGCCGAGAUUUUGAAAAAUUAGCGUGGAAAAUUAAAUUAUUUCUCUUAUUUCAGAUGAGAUGCGUCUUUUUCGGGCUGUAACGGCGAGGUUGUAAAUAUGAAAGUGUUGCCGCAUUCCCUUCUAGCUCUACUUACAAUUUCGAAGGUAAUAUUUAAAGAUCUCAUUUGUAAUUUUCAAGGUUAAAAUUGAGCAUUGGUAACUCUAACCGGACUUUCUGAGCUCUAGUGACCUCUUUAGUGACGUCAGAACCCUUAAGUGAUCCCUUAGAGUUUCUCAGAAACGUCUGGUUUUGGUUAAAGAACAACAUUAGAGCGGGAAGCAGUAGGGUUUAUUGAAUCUUUAUUUUUAAGUUCUUAAGAACGCCGGAGGGGUCACUAGAGGGGUCUUGUAGGCUCCCCUCUAGGGACUCCCUUUAGGGGUCACUAAAGCUGACAAAAGUGGCCCCUCUAGGAGAAAAUUGUAUGGUCCCUUCUAUACGUCUUUUCAACUUUCAAAUCCGAAUAGAUAAAAAAAAAAGGAAAGACCACUGGAGGGACCACUUAAGCUUUAGAGUCCAGAAUUUGAACCCCUCUAGGGACCACUCGAGUUUCAGCCCUCUAGGGACCACCUUUUUCGGUCUCCAUAGUGGCUUUUUCCCCCUAACCCCUUUAGUGAUCCCUUGGGAGUUCCUAACAGCUUCAGAAGGCCUUCAAGAGUUCAAGUGGCCACUAUAGAGGUCCCUAAAAUCAAAAAAAAAAAAUAAUAAUUUUUCAUUUUUUUUUUUGCAUUUUUUGCACUCCAAUGUUUCCUUCUCCCAUUUUUUUCACUCUCAAAAUUUCACCUUGCUUUUUUUCCAGGUACUCCUGGUAUCGACAAGAUUCGGUGGAACCGUCCUCGGUUCUUUCCCCCUACAGUUUAGUUAUCAUUAUCCGCCCGUGUUCGGUCAUUGGAUUGGAAGGCCCUCGGUUAGUUCCGAGCCAUUCCAAAUGCGGCCCAAAAAAAGAUAUUCCAGAGCUCAAAAGUCAAGGAAAGGAUCCCUGCGAGACUUUCGGAUAUGUAUCUCAAGGGGCGACAAAUUGAUCAUUUUUCGGCUUCAUGUCAUGAAUUUCGGGACAAAACAUGUGAGUUUCGGCAGGCUUUCUGAAAGGAACUGAAUGAAAAAAAGGCUCUCUUUUCCAAGAAAAUGCGCUCCAUGGAAUCAAAUUUGAUUCUAGGUUAUUUAAAAUUCAAUAAUUUCAGAAUAAUGAGUGUUCUUUCAAUAGAGACUUUUCCCAAUAUUUUUGGCCACUUUCCCUUUUUCUCAUCAAUUUUUCGAUUUUUUUUUUUGAAAAACUGGAAAUUUCUAGUGGCCACUUUAAGGUUUUGACGUUUUAGUGGCCAUUACAGUGGUCCAAUUAGUGGCCACUAUAGAGGUCUUAGUGCUACUACUAGGCCACUAAAAAGUUUAGUGGUCACUUUAGGGGUCAAUGGAACAACAUACAUAACUGGUCCAAUCUGAUUGUUAUUAAAAGAGUCACUGGAAGAAAUAUUGGAUGAAAAACUACUGAAGUGGCCACUAAAUAGAAAACCUCUAUAGUGGCCACUAAAACGGAAAUUAGAGGCCACUAUAAUGGUGGGUUUAGUGGCCACUUUAGUGCCCUCUCCAAGUAGUCCUUGAGCAAGCUCUUAAGAAGCCACUGAAGUGUUUUUCAGUCCGGAUUUUCUAGCUCCAAUUUCAUGAUCCACUAAAAUUCUCUGAAUAAAGAUUAAAAUUUUGAAUUUCCGAAGUUUUUCGAAGUUUCUACUAUUAUUUUAAUUGAAAAAAAUGGAAAAAAACUGGGAUAAAUAUCUUGUAAAAAAAUAAACUUAUACACAUUUUUAGCUUUUUUAAUUUUUACAAGACCAUAUUCGGUUUGAAAACUCUCCAAAAUCUGGAUUUCGAACAGCUUAGAUUUCUCAGAAGUCGGCAACGCUCCACCGAAACGUCCAACUACCGGUCGCCUUGGUCAAUCUGACCUGGCUGACGGAUCACUUGAUCGUCGGCGUCGAUUCCCAAGGCGGCAUCUGGCAGAUCGACCCCGAAAAAGGCGUCGUCUCCAAGGCGGCCGUCGAUGAUCUUCAGGUCGUCUUCGCCACUUCCGAUUACAAAGUGAGUGGGGAAGUCAAGGCCAGAAAAGUAUUACGUGUUUUUUAAAAGGGUAGGUGAAAAAUCACCCUACAAGGAAGGUCAUUAUUUUACUUUGUGGUUGGAAGUUUAUUGGAAAUUGUCCAGAGUAAAAAAAAAAAAGGUCGCACUUUCGGGGGUAGGCCGCAGUUUGAGGGGGCGCCGCACCUCGGGGUGGGACCUAGCCGACGUAUGGCCCCUUUUCAGGACUCAUUUCUCAAAAACUAGAAAUACUUGUGAGUAGACUUCAAAAUAAAUCACAGAACCUUUUUUAUGAACCCGAAAUUCUACUGAAAAUUUUUCAAAACUUUUUAGUUUUGAGCUCAAAAAAAUCAGAAAUUAAUUUUUGUGACCUUGUUUUUUUGAAGAUAAUUUUUGAAAGAAGUUAUUUCUCGGAUUUGAGGGUCUGGCGACUGGCGGAAGAGUGAGCGAAGCGAUGCGAUGUUUGGCCGAACAUGCGUGUUUCCAGUCGAUGACCCAGGGUAGCGCGGAAAAGUGGCUCGUACUGGCUCAUGAUGGACUCUUCACUGUCCAGCGGGUCACUGAGUUCGAGCAACUCGAAAAGUUCAUGGAGAGGUUGGUUCGGAAGUCUUUCAAGGAUUGGGACGUUUGGAAAUGACAGUUUGAAAUAAAUGGAGUUACUAAUUCGUUCCUUGUAGAUUCUAGUAAGAUCUUCUUGAUUUUGAUUCCCUCCAGAGGCGACGAAGUCUCAGCCACCUUGUACCUUCUUGACGUCAUCAACGGCCGGAUUCGGGCCAGCGACGUCUUCAAAAACGAAGCGCCGAAGCUCCUCGUCGGUGCCGCGCGACGUCUUCUCGACGUCACCAUGGACGGCUGCAAGGAGGGGAAAGUCGCCCAGCUCGUUGCUCAUUAUAAGGUGUCUUUUGAGCGUAGGAGUUUGAAAUGAUUCAUUCACUUCUGGCUUAAGCAUUUGAGUGAAUUUUGCGCGGGGAAGUUAUAGGUUUGUAUUUACAGUAACCUUUUAGUUAUAGCUGAUUCACGGCUGGCUUGAGCCAUCGAAAAAAAAGGGUCCUGACACGAUAAUGCACGAGAUAGCGCCUGGCUCCUGGAGAGUGCAGACAAGCCACGCCCCCUUAGCGUCUAAGCUGGCCGUGAAUCAGCUAUAUCGACGGAGUGACUUUAAGAAAAGUUCAAGUAAAAAUUGUUUGAAUUUUUAAAUUUAAGAAUCAGUUAUUUUUUUCAAGCUAGAUGGGAUUGUAACAAUAGCUCAUUCGCCAAAACCUGAAACAGUCUGAUUUCUCUGCGCUCUCUUUUCUCUCGAAAAUAAUAUGAUUUUCUACAGUAACCCCUGAGACAGUGGUGAAUUUAGUAUAGGCAAAGUUGGAGUAAAAAUUUGAUUUUUAGCUUCAAUUUAGAUGAUUUUUUGGUUUAUAGUGUACUGAUCAUCCACCACAACUUGUCUGAUUUCUCUGCCCUCUCUUUUCUUUUUAAAAAGUAAUAUAAUUUUUUUCUACAGUAACCCCUGAGACGGCGGUGAAUCGAGUUUAGACAGAGUUGGAGUAAAAAUUUGAUUUUUAGCUUCAAGUUUGAAAAUUUAGAUGAUUUUUUUGGUUUACAGUGUAUUGAUCAUUCACCACAACUUGAUACAGUCUGCUUUCUUCGCGCUCUUUUCUCCCUCGACGCUUCAAGCUCUUUUUUUACGAUUCUAUGAUUUAGUCGGUUAAAGAGAAGAGACGCAGACUGGUCAGACGUUUCCAAGUCGUGACGAAUGGACUAUACACUUUCAGAAAGGGUUUUUCCUAUAACAUCAUGAAUCUCCAGAAAUACAUCCGAAUCCUGCUGCAAGUCUGCAUCAGCGGCAAGCUUUUCGGACUCCUCUACGACGAGGUCUGGACGCGACUCUCGCAGGACGUCCUCUCACGAGGCGUCCUUCUGGAGUCGCUCGACGAGUGGGUCCUCGACGGAGGCCCUCGUCGAGCCUCCGCCGACGGUCGUCAGCGAGUACUUGACGCAUUUAGGUCAGUUCUAAACAAAACAAAUACUAGGUGAAGGAGAGCAGAAGCGGCGUUAGAGCCCUUAAGUUAUCACUAGAAAAUCCUCCUUUUAGUGGCGUUAGAGCGCUUAAGUUAUCACUAGAAAAACCUCACUUUAGCCGUGUCAAAGCCUUCAAGUUAUCACUGAAAAACUCUCACUUUAAGGGCCUCAGAGCUCUUAAGUUAUCACUAGGAUAGCCUCGCAUAAGCGGCGUCAAAGCCCUUGAGUUAUCACUGGGAAAUCCUCAAAAUAGCGGUGUCAGAUCCCUCAAGUUGUCACUAGGAAAGCUUUAAUUUCGCGUCGGCAGAGCCCUUUAGUCAUCACUGGAAAAUCCUCACUCUAGCAGCCCUUAAGUUAUCACUAGAAAAGCCUCAUUUUAGCGGCGUCGGAGCCCUUAAGUUGUCACUAGAAAACGCUCACUCUAGCGGCGUCAGAGCACUCAAGUUAUCACUAUAAAAUCCUUACUUGAGCGGCGUCCGAACCCUUAAGUUAUCACUAGGACAGCCUCACUUUUACGGCGUCAGAUCCCUAAAGUUAACACUUAGAAAAGCUUCACUUUUACGACGUCAGGGCCCUUAAGUUGUCACUAGAAAAUCCUUACUUUAGUCGCUUCUGAGCCCUGAAGUUAUCACUAGAAAAGCCUCGAUAUAGCAGCGUCAGAGCAGUUAAGUUAUCACUAAAAAAUCAUCACUUUAGCGGAGUCAGAGCUCUUAAGUUAUCACUGGAAAAACCUCACUCUAGCAGCCCUUAAGUUUUCACUAGGAAAGCCUCACUUUAGCGGCGUCAGAGCCUUUAAGUUAUCACUAAAAAAGCCUCAGAAACAUAUUAUGACGUCAUUGUGCUUGACAUUCGAAAUCUGAGCAGAUCUAACACUAUUAAAAAGAGUUUUUCUGCUUCGAAUUUUUAAAAAAAGUUUCUGAUAUUCAGUCUUAACUGUUAACCACGUUCAAAGAAGCUUUUUCUAGUUUUCCCAACCUGUGGUUAUUUUUUUAUUCUUUUUGGAGUUUCCAGCCUCGGAAGGGCAUUUUUCGCAGCUGCAGGCGGCUGUCGUCCGGUUUCCGAUCCACACGAUCGACUUGCACAGUGUUCGUUUUUCUUCUGAAAAAAAGUCCCUUCAAUUUUUCAAUUUUUCAAUCAAUUCAAUUUUUUUCGACUUUUUUUUCUCCAAUUUUUUUCAGGUCAUGUCAACUUGUCGACAAAACGGGCUCUAUGACGGUAUUAUCUACAUAAUGAACAAUGCGCUCGACGAUUUUAUAACACCAUUGGAAGUAAGAAAAAGGGAAUACAACUUUUAGACAAAUGAAACUGAACUUUGGUUGAAAAUCCAAUUUUUUUUGAAGUCUCUUUUAAACAAAAAUCAGAAAUUUGUAGAGAAGUGGCGGCCUGAAGAGACGCCAGAGAUAGCAGAGCUUUUUUUCUCUGGCGUCUCUUCAAGCCGCUGUUCUCUUUCUGAACGACUAGGCUGUAGGAGAGAAUAGUGACUUUCUGAAGAGACGCCAGAGAAAUUAGAAAUCUGUCUUUCUCUGGCGUCUCUUCAGGCCGCUACUGAUCUCUCUAAUUGACUAGAAAAAAAAAACUAGGAGCGAGGGAUCGUGGUUUCCUGCAGAGACGCCAGAGAAAAAUAUUUUUGCCAUCUUCGGUCCCUUUGUCAAAAAUAAAAUGAAAACCGAAAAGUGAGAGAUCAGGUGCCCGGAAGAGACGCCAGAGAAGCUAGAUUUAUCUCUUUUUCUAGCGUCUCUUAUGAUCUUUCUCAGUUACAAAAAAGGCAGAAGUGAGAGAGUAGGGCCUUUUGAAGAGACGCUAGAGAAAACAUAACUUUUUCAAGCUUUUCUCAUACCGCUACUUGAAUGUCUGCUUCUCUCUGUUCCCUCACCGGCGAGGUCAGAGAAACAUGAAAAUAGCACGUAAACAUAAGAUGGUCGCCGAGACAUGAGGAGGGCGCAGAGAAGCCCUUCAAGUCGCGGAAAACGGACUAUAGUCUGUUCAGAUUUUGAAUGUCAAGUGCAAUGACGUCAUUCAAAAACGCUCUGUGGAUGGCUCGCUCUCUGAUUGGUUUAUCAAGUCAUUAGGGGGCGGAGCUUGAGCGAGGAUUUGACAUUUGAAAUCUGAACAGACUAUAUAAAAACAGAAAUUUUUUUGGAUUAUAACUCGGACCUCGGUAACAAAAACCAGACGUUUCUGAGCAUUUCUAGGGAUCACUUUAGAGUUUUGACGCUACUAAAGUUGUCCCUAGAAACGUCCGAAGCACGUCCGAUUCGCGUUACCAAUGUCAAGAAGCUUUUGAGAAUUUGUUCAGGAAAUGCUCGACGCCGUCAGAGAAUUCGCUGGCCACGAAGUAAUGUCGGAUGCUGAAAUCGACACUGGAAACCGGCUUUUGCUGUACCUCCACUGUUGCCUCGCCGGUCGAGCUUAUCCUUUCGGAGCUCUCAAUGAGAAACAAGCCAAGAGGGUGCCCAAAGAGGUACUAUAGGGGCUAAAUUUGGACGUUUGGGGGCAUAAGUCGGCUGGAUCCCACCCCGCCCCCCCACAUUUUUUUCCACGCGCAAAAGGGUGGGAUCCAGCCCACCAAUGUUGAGAGGGCGUGGCCUGUCUGCGCUCUCCACCAACCAGGCACUAUUUCUUUUUAUUAUCGUGCCAGGACCCUUUUUUCGAUGGCUCAAGCCAGAUACAGCUGUUCUUAAAAAAAGAAAAAUCAUAAAAUGAGAAUUAUUUCCUAAGCCGUACAUUUUUAAAACUUAUACCGCUAUAUAUUUUUUUAUUUCAAUUAAAAAUCGUUUUUUUUUUUCAUAAAAAAUAACUUGUCUUUAGUUUAAAACUAUAAGUUUGAAGAACGGAUUUGUAGACUAUAAAAAGCAGCCAACUUUUUGAAUGGAAUAUGUAAGUAAGUGCUUGAAGAUAUUUAUAAUUGAAAUGGAACGUAUCUGAAAUUAUUUUGUCGGAAGCAAAAAAUAAUAAUUUUCACGUUAAUUAUCUUUUUUUUGAGUUCACGGGCAAAGUUCAAAAGGUCAAAGGCGCCUUUUUUCUAGACCUUUUUCUGAAAAGGAUCUUUUGAGGAGUUCUAGAAAAAAUAAGGCGGAAAAAAGGAGAUUCUGAGGAACUUUUGACACCGUUUUAGGGACUAAAAAAGGGGCUUUAAACUCAUCUUUCAAGACCUUUUUGAGGUCGUUUGGAUUUUUCCUGUGUUGGAGGCUGCUCUAUUGAAUAUGAAUUAGAUCAAAAAGAAAAAAUCCUGGUUCCCGGAUUUUUUUAAAAUUUUUUCGAGUACUUUCGUCCUUGUAUUAUACACGGUGUUGAAAAAUAUUCAAUUUUUCCGAUAGUUUUCGUUUUUAUUUUCUCAUUGAAUAGUUUUUUUCUGAUGAUACCUUAUCUCAAAAAGCUUGAAACUUCCUCCGUCAUCCAAAUAAAAAAAGAAUAAUUUCAAAGCUCAGGUUAUUAAAUUUGAGGAAAAAUUAGUCGCUAGAAGUAUUUCUAACCAGAAAAAAAUCUUCAAAAAAAUGACUGAUCCUUUGGAAAUUCUAGAUUUUUUUCCAGGUCUACUGUUGCAUUUCCUCUUUAAAAGGCAAGGACGGAAGCUCCAGCGAGGAGAAAUAUCCGUACCUCCGUCUUCUCCUCCAAUUCGACCCACAGCAGUUCGUCCAUGUGAUUUAUACCUGCGCCGACGCCAAUAUUUUCCAAACCGAUGGACGGUUACAAAGGCUCACUGAUACGGUAGGUAUAUGGUAGUUUUUUGGGAGAGAUUUUUCAGAUUUUCAGAUAAAAAAGAUAGUUUUCAACGCAGUUUAUCGGUUUCAAAUUCUGUUCAAAUUUUAUUUAUUUUCAUAUUUUUAUUCAAAUAUCCUUUCGAAAGCUUUUCAUGACUAAAGAGCCGCACUGGGAAUGGCUCAAUGCGUCAAAAAAAAAAAAGAUUCAUCCGACCAUAAACCGACUUACGCGCGCCGACGUUGAGAAGCUAAUAAACAGCAUCACUUGCUUCGGAACUUCUGAGGGGUCCCUAUCGGGGCUACCUUAGAGGCCCCUGGAGGGUCAUCUCUAGAGAGAUAUUUACCAACCCCUAUAGGAGCCACUAAAGCUAGCAAAAGUGGUCCCUAUAGGGGACAUUUUUUUUGAACUCUAAGCGAAGAAGCAUUUCCACGGGAAAAACUGAAUGAAAUUGAAAGACCCCUACAGGGUCCACUUGAGGUUUGGAGGCUAAGGAGACCGUCAAUUCCUAUAGGGACCCCCUAAAUUUUACCCCUAUAGCAACCACUUUUAACUAACCACUAUAGGGAUCACUCUGGAUUACCUAAGUGAAAGUCAAAAUUUUCCAAAAAAUUCUCAAUUUUGUUGAGCCGCCGCGCGACCGUGCCGCAUUGAGCCAUUCCACGUGCGACCAGAGUUUUUCAAGUCUCAUAAAUAAUAAAAUUGAAAAAUAGUAUUCAGUUAGAUAGAGUGAGGAGUGUUGAAAAAUGGAGUUUUUUAGAGCGAUAUUUCGGUUUUUUCAGGUUUCUCAACAUUUCUAUCUUAUUAAAAAAGGUUCAUCCGACCAUAAACCGACUUACGCCGUCCGGGAAAUUUGGAACAUCUUUCUAUGUUUCAGAUAGGACUUCUCUCGGUGAUGAUGCGAAGGGAACCGCCUCUGCUCCAUUUCCUCCUUUUAGUCGUUCAAUUAACGGAAAAUGGACUCAUUGUCCCACCUGUAGAGUAUGUCCAGGAUGUAAGAAAUCAUUAAAAAAUCGAUAAUGCUCUGAAUUUUGUUUCAAGGCGGUCAUUUCCCUGCUAAGACUGCCGACCUGGCUACACUCGGCCACGGAGUCGGUGAUCGUGACGGCGUUGAGAGUUGUGCCCGACCUGAACCGGUCUGACGUCCUGCGCUCCGCCCAGUCGCCCUUGAGGUUGAAUUCGACUCGCUUUUCUCUUGAAUAAAUAUUACUUGCCUGCUAAAAAUGUAUUGGCGUUUUUGUUAGUGGAAUAAAAAACCAAAAAUUAUAGUUUGUUCAGAUUUUAAAUGUCAAGUCGUCGCUUAAGCUCCGCCCAUAAUGGUGCGAUAAACCAAUCAGAGAGCGAGCCAUCCACAGAGCAUUUUCGAAUGACGUCAUUCUACUUGACAUUCAAAAUCUGAACAGACUAUAUAAAGGGCGUGGUCAAAACCUCCGCCGUCCCCAUGUGACGUCAUGGGAAAAACGCGUAAACAACAGGAAAUAUUAAAGGCACAUUCAAUGGGUCAUGAGACGAAUCUAUUUCUCAUUUUAAAAACGCGAUUUUUAUGUUUUUUUUUGUUGUUUUAAAACACAUGCCGUGUUGAAAGUAAUUCCGCGAAAUUCUAAAUAGCCACCAGAGAUUGAGAAAUAUAACUGAUUUUCAGAAAUGCAGAUAUUAUUUUGAACUUCGCGAGAAUUACGUUUAACGCGGCGUGUGGCAGAGCGUUUGCACACGACAUACUAUACUUUAGGGAAAAAAUAUGAACGGGUCGUCGAAAAAAAAAGUCAUGCUCAUCGUCGUAAAAUACAGAUAGAUUUAAUAACUUUUUAAAAAACCAAAACGGACAGCUUCUCUUCGAAAUUCUAAAUCGGGAGGCUUCUCAAGCUUCUUAAUGGAAUUUUCCACCACAAAAAGCCAAAAGGGGCGUGUCCGGCCAAUCAGAGACACUGUUCGUUAGAGCGAACUUUGACAACUCGACAGGCUCAAAGAAAACUUGUCAAAAUAAUUCCCGUUACUCAUUUUUGCUUACUGUCUCCCUGAUCGCUUCAGGACCCGUUUCUUGAAAUAUUGAUGGUCCUUUCAAAUUUCUCGAAAGGAAAUUUAGAAGCAGAUUCGGUGUUGUGUGAAAAAAAUAUAUUAACCAGAAGAAAAAUAUAUAACGUAUACCGUACCGUUUACCGUAUUUGUUAGUACUCAUCACUUAUAAAAAAAGAUAUUAGUUGAACUCAAAUUUUUCAUAAAUUGUAAGAUCGACGAAACAUUGAUCCGAUAUCAUAGCAACAAAAAAAUAAAAAAAUAAAAUUCAAAAACAGAACGAUUAUUUUUUUCACAAAGUUAAAUGUCUUCAAUGUUACAGAUCAUGUUCAAAUUUAGUUUUUCGUGUUUUUCUUUGAUAGCUUGCGUUUUUUUAAUUAAUCUAUUAUAAAGUUGAAUGAAAUAAAAUUUUUCUUUCAAUUUUUUUAAAGUCAUAAACAUUUUCCUCAUUUUUUUCAAAACGAUUAUUUUUUUCAGACCCGCCAUCUGCAGCUUCAUUUUUCCUCAAUGAAAGACGCUUCGUUGAACUCAUUAAUUGUUAUUUGCUCGACUCUAAAAAUAAGGUAAGUUUUGGAAAAUUUUUUUAUUUAAAAAAUAAAAAUUUCUAGGAAGUUUUCAACGCAAUCGAUCGCAUAAUCAGAACAGGCGAUUUGAAUGCGAUUGAAUCGGCCAAAUUCUCGGCUUUUGUCCGGUCUUCCCUUCCUGUAAGUGGUUACGGUGGCUUUUCGUGGCAGGACCUAUAGUGAACUUUUUGGAAAAAAAUAUUUCUCGAAAUCUGUAGUUUUAUAAGCAAAAAUAGCCAUAAAUGACGAAGAUAGGAUAAUAGAUGAAUAUAAAUAACCUACAGUAGAACACAGAAUAAUUGAUACCGUAACCCAAAAUACUGUAGCGAUUAGUUGGCCUAAUUACUACAGUAACCUGAUUUUCCUACUGUAACUACCGUAUCGUUGGAAAUUUUAUUCAUAUAACGAAAAUUUCUUGAUUAUUAGAGCCUUAGGAUAAAUGUUUCACAGUAACCCGAUUUUCCUACCGUAAUUAUUGUAUCGUUGGAAAUUUUAUACAUAUACUCGAAAUUUCGUGAUUAUUAGAGUCGGAAAAAGAGACUACAGUAACCCGAUUUCCCUACAGUAAUCUUUUCAGUCCUUGCUGAAAACUUUAUACAUAUUUUGCAAAUAUCGAGAUCGUUAAUGCCGGAAAAAGAGACUACAGUAACCCGAUUUCCCUACAGUAAUCUUUUCAGUCCUUGCUGAAAGUGGACAGUAGUCUCUGUGCAAGUUUGAUCAUUGAACACUACGCGGAUUAUCUGAAACUGAUGGCCAGGAAGGACGAAAAAGGACGGAGAGAGUUUUUCCCGGCACUCAAGGCGAUCCUGGAGAUACGGUAAGGUUUGGAGGUUCGCAUUUGGAAUGGCUUUUCGGUCAAGAAGAGCAGCCGAGCAAUGUUGUCAAUGAUUUUUCCGAUGACAAGGUUUUUUGUGACCUUCGGAAGCCAUUCCAAAUGCGACCCAAAGCUCCCUUUCCACUUGGGAAUUCAUUUCUGACUUAAUUUGUUUCAGAAGGGAGAGAAAACAGUCGAUGAUCAUGUUGGACGACGAGCUCGACGAGUCUCUCUUUGGGAUCGUUUUCGAAGGAAUUUCCAAGCGAUGGGCCUCGAAUUCGGAUGAAAUCCCGAGACCUUCUUCAUCAUUCUCUUCUUCCUCUUCAACGUCAUCAUCCUCGACGUCUUCUGAUGAGGAUGACGUCGACGGACAGCUUCUGGAUCUCCUGUCUUUUUGGCUGCCGAUCGGCGCGAGGACCGACUUUUGUCUGAACCAAGCCGCCGCCGGAGGGUUCAUAAGAACGAUGGUCGAGCUUCUGAACGCGAGGGGAUUCGAACAACGAGCUUUCGACGUCCUUUUCGAGCAGUUGGAGAAGUUCAGCGGGUGCGACGAGGCCAAGACUGGUUGGUUUUUUUCCAUUCCGAGAAAUUUUCUUGGACAUCUGCCAGUUAUUCAAAGAUAUAUGGGUUGAUGCUAGUUCAGAAAAAUGUGUUCCCACUUCCUUUUCUGGAAAAUUAAUGGAAAAUUACUUUGAGAAGAUCCUGAGCCAUUGAGUGGCCCCUAAAGCGGUUUUCGUGUCUCUUAAGUGCCCACUAGAAAAUUCACUGCAACAGAAAGUGAAAAAAAAAAUUGAUGGAUCUUUGAAUUUUCAAUAAUUUGAAUAGUAGGAACAUUUUAUUAAAAAUGAAGGAUGAAUCGAGGCGAAAAUCGACACGAAACAUUCCUGUUUUGUAAGAUAUUUAUAACCCUCUAUAUUUAUUUUUUAGUGUUCCUGUUGUAAUCUGUUUGAGAAUCAUUAAAAAAAGAAUAUUUUAUUUUUCAGUUCAUUGGCUGGACGAAGCGCUCACCUACUGUUCAAGGAGAAGUUCAUCUCCAGAAUCCCGGAAUUGGAUGAUGCGAGUUUUCCGAUUCGUCGCCCAGUUUGCCGCCCAAUCUGGAUCUACUACUUUGGGUUGGCUUUGAAUUCAGGAACAAUUGAAAAUAGGAAAAAAAUAUGAAGAAUAGUUUGAAGUUGAAAAACCGCAUAAUUUUUUUGUUUUUUUCGCUGAAACUCGAGUGGUCCCUUGAGGGGUCUCUUAUUUUUUUAUUUUUUUGUUCAGGUUUAAAAAUUAAAAAAACACGUAUUUCGAAAUACUUGAUGGGAUAAUCCUCUGUUGACAUUUAUCCAUUAAAAACACUAAUUUAUCAAGUUUUCCGCAUGAAAAUGCUUCUCCUCGUACAGAUCAUAAUAAUAAAAGACCAGCAUGUCCCCUAGAGGGGCCACUUUUGCAAGCUUAAUGAUCCAUUCAGAAGUGAGGUGGCCCCUAGAGGGAGCCUUCAAUUGCCCCCAAAGCUGCCCCUCUAGGGACCACUCUGGCGCUCCGAAGAUCGUUUAAAUUUUUUUAGUCCCAUUGAAAACUUAAAGAAUCUUUGUUUAAAAAGAAAAAAUCUACACGAUGCCGAGGUUUGAUAUAAAAUUUUCUAAAAAGAAACGUCUUCAGAAAAACUUUUCAAAACCAAUGAUAUUUAAAUAAUUUUCACCAUUUUCAGUACUGAACCAAAGACUGAUUCUGCUGUGCCGAAGAAUACUUGACACUGGAACUGAACAUGCUGCUCAGCUCGUUGACUCAUUACUGGAGUGUCCGUCUUUUCGAGAAGCCUCUUAUUGGUUUAGAAAUUCUGGAAAUUUUUCGAAAAGUUCACUUUUUCAGUGAAACUGCGAGCAUUUUCAAGGAAAUCUUGUCUUCGUGUGAUUAUGAGAAGAAGCUUCUCAAUGACGUCUUGGCGGUUAUUGUGAGUUUUACGGUAAUAAAAUGAAGCUGAAAAUUGGAAAAAGGACCGAAAAGUCGUUUUAAAAGGAUUAUUUAGGGGUCAUAUCGUCUAGAAGAAAGUUCUUCUACUGAAAAUUUUUACAAAAACCGAUGGUAGGACGAAAAAUUUGAUCCGCAAAAAUACGUCGCGUGAAAAUUGCGACCACAUAACUUAUGAGCCACGAAAAAUUUUUAAGCCUUCAAAAAUUUUUUUCUUAAAAUUUUUAAAAUUGCUCAGAUGAUGACUUUCUGAAUUUCUUUCUUUUUCCUUUUUCAAUUUUUCUCUUUAUUCUUGAUAUUGAUUAAUUCCAGAGCUAGAGCCACUGUUUUCGGUAGGUUUCUAGAAAUUUCAAUCAUUAUCAUCAAUAAGAAGUCUGUCAUUUUUUUGUUAUAAACAUGGAAAACGUAUUUAGUUGACAGAUUUUUCAAAUCCUGGGAUCGCCGGGAUAACUCAACGCAGAAAUGAGAAUCAGUACUAGAGCAAAAAGUUUGAAGGAGACCAGAACAAAGAAAAAAACAGAAAAAUACAGAAAUUGAAAGCCUUAUAUGCAAGUAAUUUCUAAUUUAAAAUGGACAAAAUUUUUAAAGGCUUAAAAUUUUCGUGGCUCAUAAGUUAUGUGGUCGCAAUUUUCACGCGACGUAUUUUUUUGCGGAUCAAAUUUUUUUCGUCCUACCAUCCAAAAAAACCGUAUACGAUUUUUCAAUUUUCAGUUGUGGCAUAUUUCCUCAUGGUUUUGUUUUUUUCUAAUUUUCCAGUUUUAAGAUUAUUAUAAGAAAAAAAGAUGAUAAAAAAACUAUUAAUAUUUGCCUUUUGUUAAAAUUAGAACUUAAAUUUUUUUCUUAGUGAAAUUUCGAAAUUUCUCCUUUUAAAUUUCAUGCGUCCUUUUUUUCAGAGUUUUACAUUAUUUUUUUAUAUUUAGAAUUCGGAAUGCUCAGACAACGUCCAAACGAUGCGGAAAACAGAUCGCGCGUCGAUUCGAGCUAACUUCAUCGAUGGAAUGUAUUCGAUGCGGCGGCCCCCCACAAUAAAGCCGCCUUUGUUUUCAGGUUUAUAUUUUGUAAUAAUUUGAUUGAAAACUAAAGUUUAGUUGCGGCCACCUCGUUCAUCUGGAUUGCGAUGAUGGAAAGAAAAAUCUGCCCAUGUGAUGGGAAACUCAAACUUUUGCCUGGCCGACGACCGGAAUCUCAGUUGCCGCGAAAGCGCGACAUUUUCAAAGAAUGGAAGAAACCUCUGAAUCUAGUGCCUGAUACCCCUUGAUAUCAUAUCAAAAAAAAAGAAACAUAUCAUACAUUCUAUUCACAUACUUAUUUAUCAAAAAUAUAGGGUCGAUUCUGUGAUACUUUGAGCAAAUGUGCAUUAUUAAUGAGAUGUAAUUACAAAUAUAUACUUCACCUGUGAUAACUUAUUGCGAAACCUCUGGUGCUAUUUUGUGAUUUUGAACACGCCUUAUUUGGUGCUUUCGAGAUCUAGUCAAUUCACCAACUACUUGAACCACGUUAACGCUACAGAAACGCUAUAAUAAUUUUUUCCCAAAUCUCUUUAAGGUGGAACAAUGCGGUGGUGAAUCGACGGACUAUCUAAUGAAAAAAAUAAUAAAAUUUUCCCAAUGCUUGCGUGAGUUUCAACAAAACGGAAUGAUAACAAAGCUGAUUAUUGCUGUUAUUUCUUUGGUUGAAGCUCGACUCAAUGAACCAUUUGCACUAUCAAUGGUGUGUUGAGCUCAGCCCUUAUAUGCCGCCAUUGCCGUGCGGGUGAGUGCUCCAAACCGAAGAAACACUGGAGAAAAACUCACUUUCAGAGAAUCCUCUGAUUUACAUAUUGUUGCACCAUUUUUGUUGACCCAGUAUUUUCCUUCAGGACCUAUCGAUCCACUACAAUUCUCAUUUUGCCCAAAAGUUCGGCUCCUGAUCCUAUUCAUCGGUUAAAUGUGGAGUUUCAGGCUUCGCGUAAUAUUGAGUUUAUGACGCGCUGCAGUCGCGUCCUUCACCGUAUUGAUAAGCUAGUGAAGUAUGCCACUUCAAGAAAAAGAAAUUCAAAAGACAGUCCAGGUCAAAAGAUCUGUUCCGUCACACAUGUCUCAUACUUCAAGCUGGAUCCCAAGCCACUAUGCGCUUGGCUCUCUUCAAAAAUGUGCGUCCCGAGUGGAAUACAGCUGUAGAAAUCCCAUUUUGUCUUCAUAUCACCAAGGUCAGGCUAUAAUCCGCCAAAAAAGAGAAUAAGAAAUAUGUAGGCGGGAAGAUGUCCAAGACUCCUCGAAGCUGAUGAACUCGAACUACAUGAGCAAUGGCUUCCUUUUGUUGGAAGAAAUUUUGCGGCCUAUGCAGGCCGUUGA